AACGAGCUUUAUUCCAGCGAUAGAAUAAGGCCAGGAACAAAUAACGUCAUGAACCAAGCGUCCGGGUAGAGCAAGGCACGGCCAUCUGGAGUUCCCCAGCGAAUCCUGAUUCUCCGCGGGCUAAUCAGUAGUUCCCGCAAAGAACCCCAAGAACAAGAACGCCAACAUACCACAAGUCCCAUCCAACACGCGGCCUCUGACGACCGGGAGUCUGUCCCCAUAUGCGAAUCUCUCCCCACGCUGCACUCUAACUUCGAGCCAUUCUUUCCUCGCUGAUAGCGCUUACUGCAUGAGGCACAUAGGCCCGUGAAUCCCGUUUGUUGGUGGCUAUCAUGGGUGCCUCGGAGUCCAAGCUGGUCUUCAAGCAGGGAAUCUUCCGUCUGUCGGAGGAGCGAGAUAUUCCUGGCGAUGAUCCUUACUGGGCGAGGUUCUGGGAGCUCCCAGAGUCGACCGAAGACGUCUUCAGCCUGUUCACCCCGGCCGAUAUUCGGCGGACUCGCGACCAUGCCAUUACGAAUUUUGAAACGCUCUUAUUGUCGGUGACGUCUCGCUUGAUGAUCCUGAAAAACCACCCUUCGUUCCCGGAUCCCGAACUCGCUUCCGACCGCGACGCCCUCAACUGCAUUCGCAUCCUCACCCGCAUCCUCCCCUUCAUCUACGAAGCCGAUUACCUGGAAGAAUGGGAGGAGAAAUUCUUCUGGGGCCGUCGCAGGAGAAAGACGAGGGAGGCUCAGGUGGCAGCCGAGGUGCUGUUCGAUGAAGCUCAGCCGGAAGAGAUGCGCGACCAGACGUCGCCUCGAGACAAUGAGUACGAGGACAAGAAGCCGUUGGCAGAAGAGUUGAUCGACACCCUGUUGGAUCUUCUCUUUUUCACGGACUUUACCAUCCCGAAGCUGCCGACUGCGACAAAUAAGGUCUCCUACUCGAUCUGGCAGAGUGGUGUUGGGUGCAAUUCCUCCAUGGGCUCUAGUAAAGAACUGGAGAACAAUCGAUGUGAGGUUCUUCGGCUAUUGCUUACGAUAACAGGCAAGGCCAUGUAUAUGCCUUCUGGAUUACUGCCCGUGCAAGGCGUGAAAGCUAUUACCUACAUUGCGACAGCCUCUGACAAGCAAGCCGUUCUGACCUUGCUCUGCUCACUGCUGAAUACGGCUGUCAAAUACAAUCCUGCCUCCUGGCGGGUCCCAUAUGACCACGUUGUGUGGAAAGAUCCAAAGCAGAUAUUGGUCAUCUAUUGCCUGCAGUUUCUUCUUGUUCUCCUGUUAUAUCCUGUUCCCGAGGAUGGCCGUGGCAGCCCGCCUAAGAACUAUUACCGCCAUUAUUUUGGAAGACUCCAUAGGCCCCAGGAUUUCCAAUUCCUUGUUGACGGCAUGACGAGAAUUCUGAACCAGCCUAUGCAAGCAACGAAUUCUUACCUUCCUGGUAGCCAGAAGACUGUUAAAUGGGCGCCGGAGAUGCUGAUCCUCUUCUGGGAAGCCCUGCAGUGCAACAAACGGUUCAGGUCGUUUAUCAUCGACUCGAAGCGCUCGCAUGAUUUCAUUAUCCUCUGCAUAUUUUACGCUAUAGAAUACAAGUCCGACCCAUCCAAACAAGGCAUGGUUCGAAUGUGCAUAUUCAUUCUUCAGACCAUGAGCGUUGAGCCCAACUUUGGGAAGAGCUUGAACACCAAGUUCGAGGCCCAGGAAACCCUCCCUCCCAGCAUUCGCAUCCCUGGUUUCAGAGGGUCUUAUGCCGACUAUCUUAUUAUGUCCGUCCACACUUUGAUCACCGGGAGCAAAGGAAAUCUAAAUGCUGUUUACCCAGCACUCCUCGCAAUCAUCAACAACGUCGCAGCGUACGUCGAGAAUCUGUCGCCAGCAGCCUGCUCGAAGCUAUUGCAGCUCUUCUCGUCGAUGUCCGCGCCUAGUUUCCUGCUCGCGAACGAGUCAAACCACGCCCUUUUGUCUUCGGUGCUUGAAUCCAUCAAUACAAUUUUGGAGCAUCAGUUCACCAAAAACCCCUUCUUGGUCUAUGCAAUCCUGAAGCACCGAAGACGUUUUGAGGCAGUCCGAGAAUUUACACUCGAGAGUGGACAGCAAGAAAUCGAACGCCAGAAUGAGAGGAGAAAGGCGGAGAAUGGAUCCAACGAGGCUUCUAGCCCUGUCCUGUCGGCAUCAGAAGAAGACCCUCACGCCUCCUCCGGUGCGCGAUCGCCGUUGGGUCGCAUCCCCGAAGAAAAUAGCCCCUUUGCUAUAGGCGGAGACGACGAUUCUGAUGACGAGCAAGAAGGACAAAAGACACCAGCCCACACGUCUCCAUCUGUCCAGAGCUCGCGAAGACCGUCUAUGUCUUCUGUUGUGGACGAAAGCGUUCCCUUGCAACUCCGAGGCAUGUCUGAGAAGGCCCGAGGGAAAAUGCCCGCUGGACAGCCGUCCUUUUCUCGGCAAAACAGUAUGACUAGUCAGAGCAGCAUGUCGGCGGCACUCCUUACGUCUCCCAACGGUUUCACGCCGACCGCAGUAUGGCUCGAAUCCUGGUUGCCGGAGCUGCCACUACACACCAUCCUGACGCUGAUCUCGGCCAUCACGCCGCACAUCCCCGAAUCCGCUUUCCAGGCGUCUUCAAGCCCAGAGGCCCGUACCCUGAUCGACAACCUUCCUUCAUUUGCGGAAGACCCAGCCAUCCACAACAUCGUAGCGGAGCCUGCCCCAGUGCGUGUGCAUUCAUUCGAAUGGUCGGCCCUCUCGAUGGGCUGGUAUGAGUCCUUGCUUUGGGGAUUUAUUUUCUCGAGCGAAAUGGUCGUUGGAUCCGCGUCGGGCGCAACUCCCGGCACAGUGGGAGUGUGGAAUGGAACUGCGAUUAAGCUGUUCAAGGUCCAGGAGGCUGCAGCCCAAGGCCCUACAUUACUUGCACCGAAGGGAGCGGUGGAUGCCGUUGGAAGCAACCUGGUGCAACGGAUUGGAAAUCUCAGUCUUCGACGCACAAGCACGCAGGACUCCCAAGCCAACUCCCGACCAGCGUCGAUUCGAGAAGUCUAACCAUUUUCUUUCUGGCGAGCGCUCACUCCAUCUCUGCUGGUCGAACGUGGAGUGCAUUCGUGUGGUUCAAGAACAUAGCUUGAUUUGUAAUGAUUUUUUUCGUCUACAUGAUACCUGAUAGGCGUUUUGCAAUUGAGACGAUGUUUUUGCGCGUAUGGUUC